AUGGACCCUAUGACUAGGAGCCCUGCACUCAAUCCUGCCUCUACGCCUUUUUUCCCUGGUGGCAUGCGGGGCGGCGAGGAUGAUGGAAGACUCGGUAGCUCCGGUCUGGCUUUCAGACUUUCGACUAAUCGGGAACAGCAGUACAGCACUUCCUCGUCACUCUCGAUCUCUCCCUCGGACUAUCGUUCUGUGAGAUCUUCUCCAAGUCCUUCGCAGGAUGACCGUGGCAAGUUGGAUGUUACCUUGCAGUUCAAUCCCGCAGGCGCAGGUUCUCGUUAUUAUCCGGCAAUCAAUACGACGGAGGCCAAUAGAGCACACUCCAUCGCUCAGAAAUCGUCCGUGAACGAUAUGACUCUGUCGAGUAACUUAGGCGGAAGCCAGUCGGGAAGUGUGUCGGGUUCCACCGAGACCACACCUGAAGGGGAGGAAACCCCGGGGCCGUCCUCGUCUAAUGGUCAGUUGGCACCUGGAAACUCGCUCCAUGGAAACAACAUCUUAGGACGCGGACAGCACAUCGUUACGCCUCCUGUGGUCUUGGAUACUGGCGCCUCAAAAUCGUCGUUCAUUCAUGCGCCAUUCGCUUCAUCAUCUCCUGCUUCAUCCUUAGACUCUGGCAGUCAUUUCGCAUCCAGUGCGGAUCUGUCAUCGAGCUUCGAAGCUCAACUAAGGGCUUCUCCUUUUAUUCACGAAAUACUAGAUCGACUCGCUCGUUGCGAGUACUCGACGCGUGCGAUACAGCGCGAUUUAGGCGAUGUUAAUCGCAAGGUUGAUAUCUUGGUGGAGAAAGCUCUGAAUGCAAAUACGAACGGACCUCCGGAGUUCAAGGACCCUUUCGCAUCCACUUCUGCUGUGACUUCUUCAAACGGCUUCUUCUCUCCCGGUCUCAACCCGGCUCGGUCAUCUCUAAGCGCCAGUAUAGCCCCAAACCAGACUGCCCCGACAGACGACAUCACCUCGAUUUCGAGUCGAUUGAAUACUCUCACCACCUCUGUUGGUCAACUCCUCGCGCUACAGACGCAACAGAUUCAAGCGACAUCGGGUCUUCAAAGUGCCCAGUUGCUCGGUUCGGGCAUACAACAAGGCGAUCUGAGCUCCAAUCAGACCCUGUCUCAAGCAGUUACUGGUUCGAUACUUGGUCACAAUUUAUCUAACCGCCCAGACAUAAGGUCAGGUCCCCGUAUCCCAAAUCCUCCCAUGCGCACUUGGUCUGCAGGCAAUUUGGACAUACCACUGCGUGCUACGGAGUCGCCCGCGGGUUUUCUAGGCCGUCAGGAUUCAAUAUUCAGGGACAAGCGCCGUUCUGUGUCAGGGCUAUUGCGCCGCGAUUCGGUUGGGGGGGAAAGUCUAUCGAGUACUUCAUCGCGUGAUGGCGGACCAAUAAUAACAAAAUGGGAGCAGCUAUCUCUUGCACCUGAACUGUUACGCUCAUUGAAUACGUUUGGUGUCGGGCCACCAAACAAGAUCCAGCAGCGCGCGCUGCCUUUUCUGUUGAGGGGCGCCGAUAUCAUAGCUCAAGCGCCCCCGACUCAGGAGCGGAUUGCGGCUUAUGUGAUUCCCGCCAUACAUACCGCUUUGAUACAUUCAAUGGCACGGACGCCCAUCCGUGGUCCACUUGUGGUCAUGAUCUCCACGACGGUUGAUCAGGCUACACAAGCACAGCGUAUGAUUCGUGACCUCGGCGGACCCAUUGGCAUCAAGAGUGCCUUGGGUGUCGGUUCCGCUUCAGCCACCAGUGACCUCAGUCAAGAGCUGCGUCUUCUCCAGCAGAACAUGCCACAUAUCAUCUGUGGCACACCCCAGAAACUGCAUGCUCUCUUCACAACUCCAGGGGGGUUAUCCGGUUCUGAAGUGCGAUUCCUGGUGCUCGAUGAGGUCGACCAGUUGAUAGCACGCAAUCUGCACGAUUUUGUCUUCAACAUCAUCAAAUUGCUCCCUCCUCCCCGGUCGCGCGCGAUCGGCACAAGUCCCUCUAGUGUCACUCCUGGAUCAUCUGCGCAAUCUUCGUUCCCGAUCUUCGAAAACGGCAAUAGUUCCUCUCUUGUUUCACCCUUCCAGAAUCCUGCGCGUAGAUUCUCGGGGGUGGGAUCAUCUCCACCAAUCGAACUAGCGAACAGUGGGUCUUCGCAGCAAAUCGAGCGCCAGACCGCUCUCUUCUCGAACACUGUUCCCCAGGACGUUCUCAAUCUCGCUUCGGCAAUCCAGCUCCGGGAACCAGUUCGAGUACUCGUACGCCGCGACGGAAACGUCACGCAUGCUGACACGAGUCAGGGUGCUCGAGGCCUUCGUCAGUUCUAUCUGUAUCUUGCCUUUACUGCUGGCGGUCGUUCGGAUACUCCUUUACCUUCCGGUGGGUUGGGGAUCAUAGGCUCUGGUCGUGGUGCCUCUAGUGCCGAAACAGCGCAGGCUCGAGAGUGGAAGUUGGACGCUCUCGCCGAUAUCUUUGACGACAUUGAGGUAACCCAGGCUAUUAUUCACGUCGGCGGUAUGACUGCUCUGGAUGCCGUGGUCUACAAACUUGCAAGUCGUGGCCUGGAGGCUGUUCCUCUUCACGGUGACAUGAAUGCUGGAACCAAGCUGGCUGCGUUGAAUAAAUUCCGUAGCCCUACUGGUCUCAUGCGGCAACCAGCUACGAAGGUCCUGGUGGUCUAUGACGUUCAGGUCAAGACACCUGAAGUAUCGCAAAUACCUCUCAUCAUAAAUUACGAUCUGCCCAAGGCCGUGGAAGAAUAUGCCCAUCGUGUUGCUCCUGCGAUCGCUCCCAGUUACUCUCGUGCGGGUGUGAUCAUCAACUUUGUGACAGCUACAGGUGGCGAUGUAGAGAUGCUGCGCUCUAUAGAGUGCUUCUACAAGAUUAAAUGCCCCGAAGUUCCCCUUAGCCUGCGCGACAUUGUCUAA